CUGCGCAAGAAAGCGGCGGCCAACAUCUUCGAAAGCAUCAACGAGGAGUCCCUGCAGAAACUCUUCAGAAACUCCGGGGAUAAGAAGGCAGAGGAAAGAGCCAAGAUCAUCCUCGCCACCGACCAGGACCUGGAGGAGAAGACGCGAGCGCUAAUGGCGCUAAAGCAGAGGCGAAAAGACAAGCUGCUGCAGUUCCUGACGCUUCGGAAAUACUCCAUUAAAGUGCACUGA